AUGUCUCAUCAAACUCAUGACCCUACUGCCAAGCAGGCCUCGGGCAAUGCUUCGGAUCUCACUGCUCAGCAGAAGGUCGAUGGACUGAUGAAGAUCGUCAAUGAGGUGGGCAACGCCAUGCUCACCUCGCACAGCCCCGAUGGCAAGCUAGCCUCAAGGUGCAUGCACCCUGCCACCACCGAGGGACUUGUCUUCUCCUUUUUCCAAAAUUCCGAGUCUGGAAAGACCGAUGACAUCGAGACUAACCCCGAGGUGAACGUCUCCUUCCUGAACCCCAAGGGUGACUGGGCUUCCAUUUCCGGCAAGGCCACGAUCAACAAAGACAAGGCCAAGGUGAAGAAGUACUUCAACAAGGGUCUCGAAGCUUGGUUCGAUGAUAAGAAGGAUGGUGUGCACACUGGUGAUGAGAAUGACCCACGUGUGGUCAUGCUGGAUGUGCACCCUGAUGAGAUUCGAUACUACGCCCAAGCUGGAACGGCCACUGCGCUCAAGGAUAUGGCCGUGGCUGCUUUCAGCGCUGGUGUUGCUAGCCCGGGUAAGCUUGUCAUCAUCAGCGGUGAUGAGCUGGCUGCCCUCUCCAAGGUGCACCAGUAA